GUAUUUUCGCUGCUUCUCCUUCCUCUGUCUCUCUGUUAUAUAUAUUUAUUAUUUAUUUAUCGUUAGUAUCUUCGAACCCAUAUAAAAAUCUGUCUCCGGUGUGGUUUGUUUUGUGCGACACACAGAGAGACAGAGAGAGUUGUGGAGUUGAGUUGAGUUAAGAGGGGAAGAAGAUGUUGAGCGCGAAAGGAGCUGAAAGUGGAGAAGGGAGAGAAGGGGAUUGGGAGUGCAGCAGUUGCAACAACAGGAACUAUGCUUUCAGAUCAUUCUGCAAUCGAUGCAAGCAACCGCGCCUCCUCGUCGAUACCAAAACCCCCGCUGAUUCCAAGUGGCUUCCUCGUAUUGGCGAUUGGAUCUGCACCGGUUGCACUAACAACAAUUAUGCAUCAAGAGAGAAGUGCAAGAAGUGUGGACAACCAAAGGAAGUAGCAGCCAUGCCUGCAAUUGCGAUGACUGGAGCAUCAUUCCCCACUUAUUCACAUUAUUAUUCCAGGGGCCCAGGGGGACCAGAACAAAAGAUGAAUAUGGGAUUGCUUGGCAGUGGAGCGCCGCCACAGUCACUACAUUUAAACUCCAGUUGGCCCAUUCUUGGAGCAGAUAAGUAUGGUGUGCAACCGAUUUCCAUAUGGCUACCUGGUGGAAAUUAUAGCUCUGGACACCCGCUUGACAAUUCCACCAACCAGAACUUAUCUGUUCCGAAGGGAUGGCGCAAUGGGGACUGGAUCUGUAACUGUGGCUUCCACAAUUACUCGUCCCGCUCCCAGUGUAAAAAAUGCAAUGCCUUUCAACCUGCACUUGGGACAAAGCGACUAGCCUCUGAAGAGUUGGUUUAUGACUGGGACAACAAGAGAUUGAAUACAAAUGAUCAACAGCAAACAUAUACAAGUUUAGAUCAAGUGGUAGGGACAGGUGCAGAUCCAAAACCUGGAGUCUUCCCCUCUUAUCCCAGCAUGAACUCAAGUACAACUCCAAGUUUGCCAUUGGCCACACUUCUUCCACCUCAAGUUUCUACACCUGCCCUCCUUGGAAAAGGAGCAAAGCAAUGGCGCAGUGGAGACUGGAUGUGCUCAAAUUGCAAUAAUCAUAAUUAUGCUUCAAGACUACAGUGUAACAGGUGCAAAACUCAAAAAAUGGCCGCCCCCAUGCAACCUGUUAAUGUUGUGUAAUGUUGAAUUUAUUAGUUAAAUUGCUAUGACGUGCCCUAGUUUGGCUGAGUUUUGUUUUGAUUUUCUAGCGUUAUUUUGGCAGCAAAACGCGUUGAUGUUCUCUGACAUGCUCGUUAUAUUUGCGUAAGACAUAAUGGUUUAUGCACAGUGCCAUCAUAUCUUUUAGUUUCUGAAAAUGUAUGGCUUACUAUAAAUAUUCUAUUUGAUAGAGGAUUGUGGACAAGUUGUGAGUAUUCUCCUCUA